AUGGCUACUGUUGACGACAAGGAGCCAAAUCAGAGAGACUUCGACAACGACGAUGACGACUAUGCGUGGGAAACUAGCUCAGUGGCAUCCUUUCAAUCGUCAGCAACCACUCUGAUUGAGGGUUCGACUUCGACACCGGUCACAUCGGGCUUGGGCAACGCGAUAUCAUUCUUGUCCGAAAAUGAUACUUUAUAUCCGCUCUUCAAAGCGGCCAUGCAGACGCCUGGAGUGGGACUUGACAGACUGCGGAGGAACCUGACCCGGAUAUUGCGAAACUUGGGCCUGGAAUUAGCAGUAGAAGCGACAUCCAAGGAAGAAGCUCUGUCCGCUGUGUUUUUCCGUAUCUACCGGCUGGCAAUCGCGUCAGGAGUCACUUCGAGAAUCGCCGAAAAGAGCCUCGCGCCCAUCGCCCUCGACCAGCCGAGGACCAACAAAUCAGAGGAUUUUCCAGGCACCCUGUAUGAGGAUCCUCGUCCAGAUGAAGUUGCACAGCUCGAGCAGGAAGAUGACAACCUUGACCAGGGAGAAGGCGAUGAUGCUCCCGAGGAGAAGGACGAACAAACGAACGAGUUGGACUUUGAGUCUAUCAGGGCCUUUGUUCUCUCCAGCGGGGCGUUCGAAAACAUGACGAGGAGGCUGUCCGAUUUCGUCAACCCUACUUUCCGCACCCUCGCCCAGAAGCUUGUUGCGAAGGUCCUCGAAGGCAAGGACACAUUGGAGGACCAGUAUUGGAUCGACAUGAAGGACAAGAUGCAAGUCGUUCUGACGGAGCUGGAAGAGUCGAGUCCUGAAAACGUGAUGCUGGACGUCAGAAGCACACCAAAAAGGCUCGAUGUAUUCCAAACUUGGGUGGAAAGAAUGACCAAGGAGGAUUGGGAUUGGUGGCCGCUACCAUCUCCCAAGUGUGCUUUGAGCUCCACUGAGGCGCGAGUUGGGUGGCGCUGUUAUCCUCUCGCAAGCCGGAACCAUACAGCCUCAGCAACCAACCCGGCAUCAGACGCUCCGCCGACGUCUUCGAAAAUCGAUAACACCUCAUCGCUAGGAACAAGAUCCAUCAAGUCUUCCAGCGCCAACGAAUUAUCAAAGCUGCCUGGCCCAAUGUCCUCGCCUAGCCAGGAGAAUCAGACUGGUCAGAAGCGCGAUUAUCCUCGGCCGAGGUACAUCUUCUUGCUCGCGACCACGGGUCGGCAUCGGCUCAGGCAACUACCCUCGCUCUACCUAGACACCGCAGACUUUGGCCAAGAGUUGCGAAAGGCGUACCGCGAGCUCAAAGGCUUCUGGAGGUGGUGGUUCUCGCCUUACAACUUCUCUCACUGCGAGUUUGUGCGUUUUGAAAAAUUCUGCCGCAAUGGCUUCGCCCACCGUGGCCUCGAAGUCCCAAGCACAUCUCAAAAGGACUACUACUACAACCCACGUCCCGCCCUUCGCGAACCCCCCGUCUCUCCCGAAGAAUUCAGCCACGUGUUCCACUACACGGCCAAGAGCGAGUCUGUCCUCUGGAACUCGCUCGGCCUGCCGUUCUACGAUACAGUGGAGGCGCUGAGCGACGAUACCGUAGGCUGCAUACCGCAGCGGUACCACUACCUCGACGAGCGGAGUAAUCGCAAAGAGGACUUUUGGGGCCUGUAUAUCCGGGAACGGCGGUCUGCGCUGAUGACGUCGGUGUAUAUCCUGUUGUGCCUUUCGCCGUUUUUCGUGUUUUGCUUUUUGUACUUGUUUGGAGUUAUUUCGGGAGAUAUACAGAAUGCGACAACGCCGCUUGCGUUGGCAUUGACUGCUCUUGGAUUGUUUUUGGGAUCUAUGAUUAAGUCUUAG